AUGAACGUUUUCAGUUACUCAUUAUUCUCCGUUGGAGGUGCCGGUCUGACUGUGCUACAAAAUCUUCAAAAGAGAAAUGCUGCGUGCAGGAUGAGGGACAUUAAACCACAGUAUACCAAGUUAUUCAUUAACAAUGAGUUCGUCGAUGCAGCUAGUGGAAAAACCUUUGGUACUUAUAAUCCUGUGGAUAAUAGCUUGAUCACAAAGGUGGCAGAAGGAGACAAAGCUGACGUUGACAAGGCUGUUAAGGCUGCAACCGAAGCAUUCAGACUUGGUUCACCAUGGCGCACCAUGGAUGCAGCGCAACGUGGAAUUCUCAUGAACAAACUUGCAGAUCUCAUGGAACGGGACCAUGUUAUUCUUGCAUCGCUAGAAGCACUCGAUAACGGAAAACCAUAUGGUCUGGCGUAUGCUGCUGAUGUAGCAUUAUCGAUAGCAUGCAUCAGAUAUUAUGCCGGAUUCGCGGAUAAGAACCACGGAAAAACCAUUCCAAUUCGUGGCGACUAUUUCACCUACACAAGGCACGAGCCGGUUGGGGUCUGCGGGCAGAUUAUUCCCUGGAACUUCCCGCUUCUGAUGCAAGCAUGGAAACUUGGGCCUGCACUUUGUAUGGGUAACGUCGUUGUUAUGAAACCUGCAGAGCAAACACCUCUCUCAGCUCUUCACGUAGCAAGUCUUAUCAAAGAGGCAGGAUUUCCUCCCGGCGUAGUCAAUCUCAUUCCUGGAUACGGUCCAACCGCAGGUGCAGCCAUUUCCGGACAUAUGGGCGUUGACAAGGUUGCAUUCACUGGAUCAACGGAGAUUGGAAAACUUGUAAUGCAAGCAGCGGCACAAAGUAAUGUGAAGAAAGUAACGUUAGAGCUGGGUGGCAAAAGCCCAAACAUCAUUUUCUCCGAUUGUGAUUUGGACUUUGCUGCUAAUCAGGCUCACUUUGGAUUAUUCUUCAACCAAGGUCAAACAUGCUGUGCAGGAUCUAGAGUUUUUGUUGAAGGAAAAAUUUAUGACGAUUUCAUCGCAAAAUCGAAAGAGUUGGCAGAAAAACGUGUGCUCGGUGAUCCAUUUGAUUUGAAGACAGAACAAGGUCCUCAGAUAGACGAUGCUCAGCUACAAACCAUUAUCCGAUAUGUGGAAUCUGGUAAGAAGCAGGGUGCUAAGCUCGUUUGCGGUGGAAAACAAUGGGGCGAUAAGGGAUUCUACUAUGAGCCAACCAUUUUCGCGGAUGUGAAAGACAAGAUGGUGAUUGCACAAGAAGAGAUAUUUGGACCAGUGAUGAGCGUGAUCAGAUUUGAUACGAUGAAGGACCUGGUUGAGAUAGCAAAUAAUACCAUAUAUGGUCUAGCUGCUGCAGUUGUGACAAAUGACAUUGAUAAAGCGCUUUAUGUUGCCAAUAAUAUACGAGCGGGUUCUGUAUGGGUAAACUGCUACGACGUAUUCGACGCGGGAGCGCCAUUUGGUGGUUACAAGCAAUCGGGUAUCGGUCGUGAGUUAGGAGAAUAUGGCCUUGAAGCAUACACGGAAGUCAAGACAGUAACGAUCAAAGUACCGCAGAAGAAUUCAUAGACAAUUUUCGAAGUUAUGAAAUCGUGUUUUGUUGGGUUAAAGUGAAAACAAAGUUUCUUGUAAGA